AUGACUGCUCCAGCAAUUCGGAUUCCCUUUACGGGCCCUCUGCCUCCGCCGAUUAUUGUCCCUCCGUCCGCUCGCACGGUCGCAGGUGCCAUUGAUGCGCUUUUAGCCUUUUUGACGGCCCCACCGUCGCCGUACCUGCGCGGCGUUGAUGUAGGCAGGCAUUCCCAGACAGUGCUCUUGACAGGCGCUGGUAUCUCGGUAGCUUCAGGCCUGUCCGAUUAUCGGGGUGAGAAUGGCACGUACAUCACAAAUAAGACGUAUCGGCCGAUCUACUACCACGAGUUCGUCGCUCGCCAUGAGUUCCGCAAGCGAUACUGGGCGCGAAGCUUCAUUGGGUGGCCGGGGCUCCUAAAGGCAAAGCCAAAUUCGACGCACUGGGCUAUCAAAGACAUUGGUACGAAAGGCUAUAUUAGUUCAGUGGUGACGCAAAAUGUCGACUCCUUCCAUUCUGUCGCGCAUCCAGAACUACCCACACUCGAACUCCACGGCUACUUGCGUUCUGCCGUCUGCAUCAAUUGUCGAACUCAAGUCCCGCGAGACGAGUUCCAGCAAUCGCUCGAGCGGCUGAACCCCGCCUGGGCAGAGUUCCUCAAGAAAAUGGUCGAUAUUGGCGCGCUGAACGCAGACAACCCUGAGGAGCAGAGACGGAGGGGCUUGAAAAUCAACCCGGAUGGCGAUGUAGAUUUACCGGAGGCCCCUUAUUCGACCUUUCGGUAUCCAGCAUGUCCGACUUCUACGGCGGGAAUUCUGAAGCCGGCGGUCAUUAUGUUUGGAGAGAAUAUCGACCCAGCUGUCAGGCUGGGUGCAGAAGAGGCCAUCGAUGAUGCGGGCAGGCUCCUUGUCCUGGGCAGCAGUCUCGCCACAUACUCGGCGUGGCGCCUAGUGGAAAGGGCCUAUAAACGAGGGAUGCCGAUUGGCAUCAUCAACAUAGGAGGUGUCCGGAACGAGUCGAUCCUCUUUAGCAAGGCGGAACAAGAGACGGAGGCUGUAUGCCGGCAUGUCCGUUGCAGUCUCCCGUCCCAGGAUAUUCUAGGCCCUGUGGCAGCACAACUGCCUUCACUUACUCAUCAUUAG